AGGAGCUGCCUCUGGUGUAUCCCAAAGUCGCUGGUUUUCGACCAAUCACAGCGCAGACUGCCCUCCGAUGAGCAACAGCAUCACAAAGAAAACCACAUACGCCGGCCGAUGUUAGACGUUGAUCGCUUUCAUCAUAAGACUUGCAGGUGGAUUGUCUUCUGAAUACAUUUGGCAGGCUCCUCUGAUAAAACUUGCGUCACCUUCCAACAACAGUCUACAGAGCGUUCGCUCUUCAGCUCCUCCAUCACUCAACUUACUCACCUUCCAACAUACACACGACAAGGGCUUAAAGAGACAGGAUGGAGCCUCUUUUUGAGGAGUUUCGCAAUGCCUACAAGACUCGGUCUGGGUACUCUCUUGCGCAGACACUUCAGUCCUUCAGCCCAGUCAACAAGCCGGACAGGCUACGGUCCAUCUACCUGAGCACCAACGUCCAAGAAGCCAAGAACGACAUCAAGUACAUGCUCCUCGGUCGGGGCCCAGGAUCUAAGAAAUUCAAGCUUGACCAUGAGGAGACCACAGGCUGGGUGGAAGUAUACACGGCGUACUGGAAGGCCAUUGGCGAGAUCCUCAAAGUAGAGGGCGACUCCGGUGCUGGAGGUAGGACUUCAUCAUGGACCAAGGUGUAUGAGUCUUGGAAGGAAUUCACCACCGCUCUCAUCCGAGGCUACACUAAUUAUGGCUUCGAGGCGUGGACAAUUCCCUGUCUCUACCUUGCUGGCAAGCAUUUGCGUCUCUUCGCCAUCAGCUCAGACGAGGAGCGGAACAUCACCGAUGCCACUGCUGACGCAAUGGAUCUUGCUGACGACUACGAUCCGGACUUGGAAAAGCAGAAGCAGCUGCGCGACUGCGAACAGCAGCUCAAGCGUAUUUUCACACUGUGUUUGAGCGAUAGAGCACCUCUCGAAGAAUCAAGAAAGUGGGCUAUCUACUACAUCAUCAACCUACUUUUCAAGACCUACUUCAAACUCAACUCGGCAAGUUUGAGCCGGACAAUCCUAAAGGCGUUGUCUACGAACCGUGGAGAUAUGCCUCCACUGGAAGCAUUCCCCAAGUCACAGCGGGUGACUUUCAAGUACUACGAAGGCGUGCUCUUCUUCUUGGAGGAGAACUAUGUCGAGGCAGAAAAGCACCUCACUGAGGCAUGGUCACUGUGUCACAAGGACGCAAAGAGCAACCAAGAGAGAAUCCUUACCUACCUGAUCCCAUGCCAUCUUCUCACCACACACACCCUGCCCAGCAGCAAACUCCUCGAGCCUUACCCGCGGCUGCAGAAGCUCUUCCUCCCACUGUCGCAAUGCAUCCGCAAGGGCGAUUUGCGCAACUUUGAUAUAGCUCUGCAAGAAGGCGAGGAGGAGUUCGUCCGCCGCAGAAUCUACCUCACGCUAGAGCGCGGUCGCGAUAUCGCGCUGCGCAACCUCUUGCGCAAGGUCUUUGUCGUCGGCGGCUUCGAGGAGGCGAAAGAAGCCGGCGCCGCUCCCGUCCGUCGGUCCAGAGUCCCAGUCGCCGAGUUCACAGCUGCUAUUAGCCUCGGUAGCCAGGAGACUGUUGAUCCGGACGAGGUUGAGUGCCUGUUGGCCAACAUGAUCUACAAGAACCUCAUGAAGGGCUACAUCGCCCGCGAGCGCGGCAUCGUCGUCCUCUCCAAGAACGGGGCGUUCCCCGGAACAGGGGUUUAGACGGAGAUGGUGGGGUGGGGACUCCGACCGCAUGAGACUUUAGACCGGCCUGAGGGCCUGAGAUAAUACAGCCUUGAUACCACACCUUCGUGCGUAUAAAAGCAGCGAGACACAUUCUACCCAAUAGGCAUAGGCGACACAGCCUUGCUGGACUUACCGGCCUCGUAUAAGGUGUGAGCAAACCUGGCAGCAUGCAUUGGUGCGAGGAAGGAUGGAUGCAUGGUCACCCUACUAGUGAUAACAGGCAAUUAAAAAAGCAAAAGUCUAUCUCGACGCCGUUUGAUGGGAUCAAAUUCAUCAAUAUUCGACAACUGCGUAAGCCAACUAGAAUUACAUAAGCAUAUCCAAAGACCCAAAGCACCAAAAAUGGCAAAAGAGUUCACCCCCCCGGUGCUGAACUGGGGGCUACAUCUCUUGGUGCUCAUGCUGG